AUGAAAGAAUAACUCCUUGGUAAAAUAGCAAGAUAUAGAAUAUUUUUAUAAUAAGGAUUAUCAAUACCAGAUGAGAAUGGUGAUGAUUUAAGAUGCAUAGAUUUUAAUUUUGAUAAAUACAUAGAAUAACAGUUGUAGAUUGAAUCAGAAUAAAAAUGUGAUUAAGAAGAAAAUAAAAUAGAAUAAACAGAUAAAAAAAUAUCAGAAUUAGAUUUAAAAUUGAAUGAUUAAGAUUUAGAAGGAUUAUUAAAAGAUUUAGAAAAUGUUAAAUUUGAUGGUGAAAUUGAUUUCACUAAAUAAAAUAUUGGAGAUUAAGUAUUAUUUAUUUUAAAUAUUUUAUUAGACUGCAAUAAGAUUAUCUGUAUUAAUAUAAAAACUUCCAAUAUCAUCUUUAAUUUUAAGUGAUACUAAAAUAUCUUAUAUUGGAGGUUUAGAAUUAGGUAAAGCAAUUCCAAAUAGUAAAUUAAAAAAGCUAAUAUUAACUAAUUGUAAUUUAGGUCAUAGUUCUAAGUAUGUAUAAAUUUAAUUUAUUUAGUAUAUUAAUGGAACAAUUACAUUUUUUAGAAGAAGUAGAUUGCGGUAUUCUUGGAAAUAAAGCUCUUAGAUAUUUAUCAUAAUAAAAACAUGAAUUAUCACAUUUAGGAUUUCAAGAAGAUUCAAAAGAAGUUUGGGAUGUAUAAACAAAAGAAUUAUUUUUAAAAUCAAUUCCUAAAUCUUUAUUAAGUAUUCAAUUUUAGAUUGAUAAUGCAGAUCAUAAAAAGUAUUAUUUCUAAAUAAUAAUAAAGAUUUAUAGGAAUAGCUGAAAUUAAAUGUUAAGAGAAUAGAGAUGCCUAUCUAAGAAAAAGAGCCAAUGAAUAUAAGAGUAAAGAUCUUGAUCCUGAUCAUCCAGAUUAUUAUGAUUGGUAAAAUUAAAUCUUAUUAUUUAGUGAUGAUUUUAAAGUCAAUGCAUUUAAAUUUAGUGUGAAAUCUUAUUUAUCAAAUGUUUUUGAAUCAUUAUUAGAUGAAUCUCUAUAUUAUUUGGAAAAAGAAAGAUAAAAUGUACUUAGAGAUGAGGCUAUUUAUUAAGUUACUAAAGAAAUUUUACCAUAAUCUAUUAUGGAAGAUAUUUGUCAAGCAGAUGGUUCAUUAAUUGUUUUAGCUAAAUAUCUUUUAGCCAAAAUUAAAAAAUGA